AAAUAAGAAAAUCCGCGUGGAAAGAAAGUAAGGGAUUUAAAGGCAUAUAAAAGACGGCUUUAUGAUGAUUUGAACAAUCUAAAGAAAAGGAGAAGAUAAGUCGACACGGGUCAACUAGUAAGUGUGGUAUUAACAAGAUGCACAUUCAUUGAGAUGCGUCAUGCAGAAAGGUUUGUGAUGUCAAAGAUGUCAUAUCUCGUAUUGGGAUAUAAGAAACCGUCACGUGAGUCUGAGUUCGGAAACAAUAACGCGAACGUUCGAUAUAGCUGAGAAAAAGAUAUAUAGAAUGCCUCGAAAUUGUUAGGUAUUUAAAGUGUCAUUCGAGAUAUAUUUGUUAUCAACGUAGAUGGAUGUCGAGAGAGAUUACGAUCGUCUGAUCUGCGAUGUCCAGAUUUAAUCGCCCACAAAAAAGUCGAUAACACGCUCCUUUAUUUGGGAGCGAUCGGUUAAUUCUGUCGUUUACAAAUUGUGGAAUGAUGUAAUGCCGGAAAAACACAAAGUGUAAUCGCAAUUUACCGAGUGUUUUACGCAGUGUACCGAGAUCGUUGACUUCGACAAGAAAGGGAGAUUCGAGAGACCAUUCGAUUGUUGCCCCGAGGAUUAAAGAGGAUUAGUUUUAUAUCGAUCGCUAUCGUCGAAAGGAUUUCUGUGCUUCUCGGAUUAUCAAUUCAUUUGAGAUGAUGCUGAAGGGGCACACGUGGAAGUCGUCGGCCUUGAGAUGCUGCGGAAGCUUUUUGGAAUCGGGACGAGAUACAUCGACGAAGAGGCGCGACGUUUUUUCAUGGGUGACAGCGGCCUCGCCAUUCACCACUUUCGGUGGCCGCGACCCUAACUGCCUCGGGUACGGCGCGAUAUUUAGACGAAUAUGGGCCAAUGGCAAAAGGAAUGCGCAGGGUCGACAGUAGAUUCUUUAGCGCCACGAUAGACUCGAUGAGAAACGCAUGAAUUAACCGCAUUGUAUCGUUAAAUAUCAAGAUAGAAGAUAGUGAAGAAGUGAUGAAUGAUGAGUGACUCCUUGAAAAUAUCCGAUCUGAUCUCUCGCGCCGGCCCUGCGGAAGCGAUUGGCGCGUACCGGGACACUCGGGAUGCCUUAAUUAGAACAAGUAAGAUGUGUAAGGAUAAAGAAAGGAUUUGAGAGCCUCCCGGAUGCCCAAGGAUUUAAUUUUACAGCGGCGUUCGAUAUUCUAAAGAGAAUUUAGGAGGUUGACACUGUUAAAGCUUCGCCUGGGAUAUAUCGAGCGCGGAACAUCAGCGGCCACGAAGACCUACAACGCGCGGAGCUUCCGUUGCGUGAAUGGCCUUGGUCAAAGUUACGUAUUAGGCCGAUAAACGAUAAUCGAUCUAUACACACUUUGUUGUCCCCAUAAAACUCAUUUAUUUCCUCAUUUCGUACCGUCGUUUUUCCCCGUAAUUUAUUUAUUUAACGAGGGUGAGAUGGAGCGCAAGAAGAAGACGGAGAGAGACGAAAUGAAUAGACCUUCGUGUUUGCUCGAUUUGCCGAGACGCAUUUACCGCUAUACGCGGUAAUCGGAUUGCAUGUGCCAUGCCGGGAGAGAGAGAGAGAGAGAGAUUGUUCCACCCCUUAUUGAACAUCGCGUAAACCUCCCGCCGUUACCAUGAAGAAAAAUACAACGGCAAAGUCCGACGGAUCUCCCAGAUUUACUCGUAGAAACAAAAUGAUCGCUCGAACUGCGCGGUACUGAUGGCGAAAAAUCUUUCCCUCAUUCAAUUAUCGAUUUCGCAAGGUGACUCGAAAUCGCAGAUUUUCACGUCAGUCUGUGAAUUUCAUCGACUUGUCGUUUUUGAAAUUGAAGUGAUCUGUCUUGGCACAUUGACUAGGAGCAACGAGAUUUCAGGAGUAACGAGCUACCCUCUGAACGAUACGCGGAAAACUCAUUUCAGUGAAUCGAGAAUCAAGCGAGUCUCGCGAGUGCCUCUCCUGAGAUUGCGCGGGCGUUUCUCGAGCUUUCGUGCUUGCUCCCGCGGCGAGCUUGCAGCGAUCAGUCGUCAGUCGUCCGUCCGCGUCCGCGUUUUCUCGCGCGGCUCGCGAUGUGGUCCAGUCGACUCGUAAACCGACUCGUAUUUCUGCCAAAAUUCCGCCAACGAUGAUUGAGAUCGAGAGUUCUUUGUGCCAUCUCUUGUUGCUUGGGUUGCUCAUAUUUAAUUGAUGAUGUAACGCAACGAAUAAUGCAACGCGGAGUUUCCUAAUUCGAAAAGAUCAAUCUGUCUCGCGCAUUAUGACAGAUAUAAAAUAAAAUCAUGUUGACACUUAUAAUAGUCCGCGAGAAAAAAAUAUGGAAAUUGCGGUUCGCCCAGUGACACCUUUUUGAACAAUGACACUUCUCCACACACUCGAGUGCCCCACCGUUAUAUCGCUUACCCUGUGUCGCGCGAGAUAAGGGAUUGAUCAUGGUGGACAAAUUGCACGAGUAUGAGGGACUCAUGGGUAGGAUUCACGGUGUUCGCGACGCCAUCAGGGAACGAUGGAGCGUGUGGAAAGAAUGGAAAAACAGUCUGAAUCUGGAUCAAGGCUUGGAAGGGUUAAGGCAUCAUCUACGGGGGCCGCCUAAAUUAGAGCGCACUUUGGACGACUAUUCUCACAUCUACAGGAAGAAGACCCGCGCCGAACUGGUGAGGGUAUCGGCGGCCGUAAUGGGAAUCGAGUUCUCGUACGCGGCGGAGACCGCUUUCGUCUCGCCGACGCUCCUGAAGAUCGGCGUCGAUCACCAGCACAUGACCCUGGUGUGGGCGCUGAGCCCCCUCGUAGGCUUCUUCGUGACACCCAUUCUCGGCAGUAUGAGCGAUCGCUGUAGACUCAAGUACGGCAGGAGGCGACCCUUCAUCCUCCUGUUAGCGCUCGGAGUUUUAAUAGGACUCAUCUUGGUACCGAAUGGCGAGCACGUUGGCUACCUGUUCGGCGACAUGCCGUUCCGCACGAACGAGACUAUCCCGCUCGGACAUCGCACAACGGCGAAGUUACCCGAGGAGGUAACGCUCGAAUCUGUUGAAAGGGCUUCUUCGCACUCCUGGGGCAUCUUCUUCACUAUUCUCGGCACGGUGUUGCUUGACUUCGACGCCGACGCCUGUCAGAGCCCAGCGAGGGCGUAUCUCCUUGAUGUCACUGUACCUGAGGACCAUGCCAAAGGCUUAAGCACGUUCACCAUAAUGGCAGGCUUGGGGGGCUUUAUGGGCUACGGUUUAGGCGGCAUCAAUUGGGACGCCACAUCGCUCGGUAUUAUGCUGGGCGGACAUGUGCACGCGACCUUCACUCUCAUCACGAUCAUCUUCAUCGUCUGUGUCAUAUGUACCAUUACCAGCUUCAAGGAGAUUCCUCUCCAAUUACUUGAGCGAGAUCAGUACCGGCAAAUGAACGAGCCGAAGGCUCUGGAAGAAGUCCAAGGGACAGAGAAGCAAGACGAACGCGAUAAGAUUAUCCCUGACGAGUCGAAAACGUACGGUGCGCUUAAUACUGAGCAUGAGACGGAUUCCUUGCAAACGGAAACGCAACUCUCUGACCAUUCCGAGGAACCUAUUUCCGAAGGCAGCCACGUCAAUUACGGCUUCGACGAUAUCGAGAGCGAAGCGAACCACAAGGCGACCCUGAAGGAGUACCUGCUGUCCAUCGUUUACAUGCCGCGUAGUCUUCGCCAGGUGUGCCUGACGAAUCUUUUCUGCUGGAUGGCGCAUGUAUGCUACUCCCUGUACUUCACGGAUUUCGUGGGCGAGGCGGUAUUCGGCGGGAAUCCGCGGGCACCCGCCGACACCGACGAGCGGGAACUCUACGAGGAGGGCGUGCGAUUCGGAUGCUGGGGCAUGUCCAUGUACUCGUUAUCCUGCUCGUGCUACUCGUUGAUCAUCGAGCGGCUGAUCCAGCGUUUCCGAGCGCGUAAAGUUUACAUCUACGGGCUACUCUUCUACAGCGUCGGCAUGCUCCUAAUGGCCCUAACAAAGCAUCCGGUCGGCGUCAUCAUCUUCUCGUGGGCCGCUGGCGUCAUGUAUUCUACGCUAUUUACCAUGCCCUAUCUACUUAUAGCACACUAUCAUGCGUCCUCGACAUUCGCCCUGACAACCGAGGGCAAUGCGGUUUCCGGCGGCUUUGUGCGCGGUCUAGGGACCGAUGUCGCCAUCGUCUCUUCUAUGGUAUUCCUCGCGCAGUUCCUGCUAUCCUGCUGCUUAGGCACGAUCGUUAGCUUCACGGGCACUACCGCAGCAGUGAUUUACGUCGCCAGUAUUCUGGCACUGUGCGGCGCGGCUUCGGCCACGCGUAUUAUGUACCUGGACCUGUAAAUCUCGCUCGUCGAUCAAGCAGAAUUUUAAGUUGUUAUGAUAAAUUAUAACGUCUCGAUAAUUGUCUAUAAGUUAACUUCGCAGAAGAAACUAGAAUAAUCGUUACAUUUAAAGAUACAAAACGUUCCAUUAGUUGCGGAUAAUAGUAAACUAAUGUGUUAAACUGGAGUCUAAGAAUAGAUUUGUAAGAUAACCAUGGCCAAUUAAUCAUUAUGUUAAUCGUUAACCAAUAAUCGUCAAUUUUAGUGAUCGUUUCGUCCGUUUCGCAACUUUGAUGUUAUCGUCUUAACGUAUAUUUUACUAACAAAUAAACUGGUUAAUAUUAAUUUGAUUAAUAUUACAAACCAUUACAAACUGCUAAAUGUUUCAGAAAUAUACUACAUUGAUUAAGUAAUAUCUAAAUAUUUAUUCACUCUAAACUAUUACAUAUCUACAUCAAUAGUGAAGGAGGACGGAUGUGUGUACAAUGUGUAGUAACAAGUAAACAAUCGAUAU